AUGUGUCGCCACGUCGCACCGAUGGAUGAUAGGACUGCAAGCUUGCUUCGGCCGCUCGUCUCCUUCGAGACAUUUCGCGCACGCCCGAGAUGUGCUGGGGAGUCGGUAACGACUCAUGCAAGGCGGCAUCGCACCUCUACUCUCGCCUCCGCGGGGAAGCUGUACCAUCUGUGUGACCGACUACCGUUUCGUCCACAGGUUUUAAGCUCGAACCGUUAUAUCUGUGCGCCCAUCACAAUCUGCUGUGUUAAGUGGAAGGAGCAUUAUUACUCAAGGUUAAAGAGACCUACUCGAUUCAGCUCAGAGUUAUGUUUAUGGAAAGGUUUCAUGAUUGAGAUGAUUGGAUCACAUAUGUCCUGA